AUGUCUCUCCAGCACCCAGCAUUGUCCCACCCACGGAGCCAUCUGAUUGGUGACACGCAGAGCGGUAACAGCCAAUCAGCAGUGUGUAUUCAGAGCGCAUGUAACAGCCAAUCAGCAGUGCGUUUUCAGAGCGCAUGUAACAGCCAAUCAGCAGUGCGUAUUCACGGCACAUGGAGUCAGCGCUCAAGGCAGAGGCAGACAGAGAGGAGAGACUAUGGGGGUUAGCAGAAAGGGGUUUAGCAGGAGUCCUCGAUUACAUUUGUGUAUGGAACAAAAUCAAGGCUGCUCAAGAACCAGGAUCGACCAGCGGUUAAGACUGCUGACUCGGAAUGAGAGACGUCUGUGAAGAACAUCUUCUCCCUAAACAACAGAAGUGGCGCUUUAGGAUGGAGCAGGAAGAGCCACAACCCUACGACAUCAAAGAAGAAGACCAGACUCCUCACCUUAAAAAGGAAGUGGGGGACCCAUUGAACCUCUACUUUAAAAAGGAAGAUGAGGCACACAGCAUCAGUCAGGGGGGAGAGCAUCUUGAAGGACUGGUGGAGGUUGAAGUCACCAAGAUGCCAUUGACUGGUGUGAUUGUGAAGAGUGAAGAUGAUGAGGUCAAAGGUGAAAGUGAGGAGAAGAGAGAGGUGGAGCCUCCAAGCAGCAGCUCAACUCAACACAUCACAACAGAAGCUGAUGGAGACCACUGUGCAGGAUCACAAGCAGACAAGCUCUUAGCUCCACAAUCAGAUAGUGACAACACAACGUCACACUCUCCUGACACUGAUGAUGAAGAUUCUAAAGCUGAUAAGACAUGUCACACUGACAACACACGCUUUAAAUGUUCUCAUUGUGACAAAACUUAUAAUUACCGCUGUCAUUUGAAAAAACACAUGAGAACACACACUGGAGAAAAACCUUUUUCCUGCGCAAUCUGCGGUAAACAUUUUACUCACAGCCAUCAUUUGAAAACACACCAGAGAAUACACACUGGAGAAAAACCUUUUUCCUGCUCGGAAUGCGGUAAGGGUUUCGCACGAAAAAGUUGUUUGAAACAACACAUGAGAACACACACUGGAGAAAAACCUUUUUCCUGCUCAGAAUGUGGUAAAGGUUUUAGACGGAAAAACGUGCUGACAGAACACAUGCAGACGCACACUGGCGAAAAACCAUUUUCCUGUUCAUUCUGCGGUAAAGAUUUUUUGCGAAGACAGUAUUUUAAAAUACACAUGAAAAUACACCCCGGAAGAAAAAUCAUUUACCUGUUCAAUCUGCGGUAAAAUGUUUGUAGAAAGACAGCAUUUAAAAGUACACAUGAGAACACACACAGGUGAGAAAGUGUUGAGUUGCAGUGUGUGCGGUGAAAGAUUCUCUUAUAAGUACCAGUGUAAGAAACACAAGUGUGCUGGUGAGAACAGCAGCAGCAAAUGAAGCUGCAGGGUUUUUAAAUAAACUGUCAGAAAAUGUUAUAACUUUUACAUUCUAGCAAGAUCAGCACAUAUAACAAGUGUGACAUCAUUGUUGUGUGUAACACAAUCUUGGAAAUAUGCUUCUUUUAUGUAUAGAUGCAUUAAGUAUAGUGCUUUUUCAGUCAAGUACAUGCAUUAAUAUACAACAUUGUGGACUUUUAUUUAAAAACGACCUCCAUUUUGACUGAAAAGGUGAGAGUAAACAGUACAAAAUAUGCAUGUUACAUACAAUAAACGUUUAACGUGUAAAUAGAUAUUCAUAAUUCAUUUUUAUACUUAAGCGUUUUUACAUCGUUUUUUAAAAUAAUGAAGGGUUAAAUAUUUUCAUUUCUAAUUAUACAUAAUUUCAUAGAUGAACUCUUUUUAUAUGAUAUAUGUAUGUGUUUUACAUGUGAUCAUAUUUUUGCUUUUGAGUACACAUAAAUCCCUCUUACAAAUGAGUUGGGAAAUUGUGUUAGAUGUAAAUAUAAACGAAAUCCAAUGAUUUGCAAAUCCUUUUCAACCCAUAUUCAAUUGAUUGCACUACAAAGACAAGAUAUUUGAUGUUCAAACUCAAACUUUUUUUUUUUUUGCAAAUAAUUAACUCAGAAUUUCAUGGCUGCAACAUCUGCCAAAGUAGUUGGGAAAGGGCAUGUUCACCACUGUGUUACAUCACCUUUUCUUUUAACAACAAUCAAUAAAUGUUUGGGAACUGAAGAAACUAAUUGUUGAAGCUUUGAAAGUGGAAUUAUUUCUCAUUCUUGUUUUACGUAGAGCUUCAGUCGUUCAACAGUCCGGGGUCCUGUUGUCGUAUUUUACGCUUUAUAAUGCGCCACACAUUUUCGAUGGGAGACAUGUCUGGACUGCAGGCGGGCCAGGAAAGUACCCGCACUCUUUUACUAUGAAGCCACGCUGUUUUAACACCUGGCUUGGCAUUGUUUUGCUGAAAUAAGCAGGGGCGUCCAUGAUAACGUUGCUUGGGUGACAAUACAUGUUGCUCCAAAACCUGUAUGGACUAUUCAGCAUUAAUAGUGCCUUCACAGAUGUGUAAGUUACCCAUGCCUUGGGCAAUAAUACACCCCCAUACCAUCACAGAUGCUGGCUUUUGAACUUUGCGCCUACAACAAUCUGGAUGAUUAUUUUCCUCUUUGUUCCGGAGGACACCACGUCCACAGUUUCCAAAUAUAAUUUGACAUGUGGACUUGUCAGACCACAGAACACUUUUCCACUUUGCAUCAGUCCAUCUUAGAUAACCUCGGGCCCAGCGAAGCCGGCGGUGUUCCUGGGUGUUGUUGAUGAAUGGCGUUCCCUUUGCAUAGUAGAGAUUUAACUUACACUUACAGAUGAAGCGGCCAACUGUAGUUGCUGACAGUGGUUUUAUGAAGUGUUCCUGAGCCCAUGUGGUGAUAUCCUUUACACACUGAUGUCGGUUUUUGAUGCAGUACCGCCUGAGGGAUCAAAGGUCCGUAAUAUCGUUUACGUGCAGUGAUUUCUCCAGAUUCUCUGAACCUUUUGAUGAUUUUACGGACUGUAGAUGGUAAAAUCCCUAAAUUCCUUGCAAUAGCUCGUUAAGAAAUGUUCUAAAACUGUUCGACAAUUUGCUUACAAAUUGGUGACCCUCACCCCAUCCUUGUUUGUGAAUAACUUAGCAUUUCAUGGAAGCUGCUUUUAUACCCAAUCAUGGCACUCACCUGUUCCCAAUUAGCCUGCACACCUGUGGGAUGUUCCAAAUAAGUGUUUGAUGAGCAUUUCUGAACUUUAUCAGUAUUCCCAACUUUUUGUCACGUGUUGCUGGCAUCAAAUUCUAAAGUUAAUGAUUAUUUGCACAAAAAAAAAAUGAUUAUCAGUUUGAACAUCAAAUAUGUUGUCUUCGUAGCAUAUUCAACUGAAUAUGGGUUGAAAAUGAUUUGCAAAUCAUUGUAUUCCUUUUAUAUUUACAUCUAACACAAUUUGCCAACUCACAUGGAAAAGGGGUUUGUAGUUCAUAUUUACUUGUUCACAUCUUAAACAUCUUCUGGACCACUUCUGGAAGCAUAUUAUUUUUUUACCUUAUUCAUCACUUGAGUAGCUGUGUUUUACGAGAUCAGUUCCUAUAUGUACGAUUAAAUUAUUUGUUGGGUCUUGAUAAUCCAAUAUGUCAUCUUUAUUACUCUCUUUGGUAAUAUGAUUAUUGGUUUGUAUGUACGUUCCCAGACAUUCAUGCAAUAUGUAAUGUAUGCUUCAACUAAAGUUGGGUACAAUGAA